AUGGGUUUACCGCGCCCUUCCAUCCACGGCAAUCGCAGAGGUCGUCGCGGUCCUCCGCUACCACGCGAGCCUUCAGUCCUCCCGCCGCGCUUCAUGCGCUCUCCUCCUCCUCCACCCUCUGCCGGCUUCAAUGGGUUGCGCGAACAGCGUCGUGGCGACGACAGAGGCGUACCAUCAAUCUCAAACCUCAUAGAGGCUGCCGAUAGGCAGCGCAGUACUCGAUUGCCGCCACCUCCACCGCCACCAGUGCCAGAACCUCGCAGCUACUGGGAAGCGACUCGUGGAGCACCGGCGAGAAUACAUGCGCACAGUGCAGCAAGAGAGCAGCAAGAGCGCGAGCGCAAUGAAAGACUGCGUGAAAUCCGCAACCGCGCGCGCAGGGAAGAGCUGCACGGCUGGCGCGAAAGACCUAGCCACGGCUUGGAGCUGAUUGAUCUGAGCGAGGAUGAGCAUGGGGAGUCUGAGGAGAAUCGUGCGUUGCGCCGCUCUCCCACUCCACCUGCCAAUCGCGACGAUCCGUCAGUCCCGAUGCACACCAUUCUUCUCAACCCUGGCGAGCCACUGCGUAUCCUACAAUCUCCCGAGCCCACGCGCAGUCGGAGGAGACCGGACUCGAGAGAUGGGUCAUCUGCGCGUCGAAGCACACUUCCCACACCACCUUUGGACACAUCCGGGCCACAGGACAGCCUCUUCAUCCUAGCGUCAGAAGCUGAUGGUCCCCGCCCAGCUCUUAGACGAGCUCACCCUCUCAGUCACGCCUGGCGACCUGAUUCCCCAGUAGAUGGCCUUGUGGAUCGCCAACGCAGUCCGGAGGCUAACAAUGCUUGGGAGAUCAUGCAGACCACGAUCACUCCGGACGAAUCAUUACCCAGCGCCGAGAGCAGCUUUACAAGUGCGGCAGCCAGCCAUUCUUUCAAUGCCUCUAGCAACAAUACUCAAAUGACCGAUCAGGACAGCAGAGUAAAUUCCGGUGAUGACAGUGACUCCGGCUCUGAAGAUGAUAUCUGUAAUGACGUUGAAAUGAUCAAUAGCGAAGCUGUCGCCGAGGAUAUGUACCAUGGCGAGAUGGGUACACUUGAGGGGCGCGAGAGAAUAGCACGGCAUCAGGACAACCGGCGACGGGAGGGCAAUCGAUUCGCUCUGGUGAACGAGCCGCCAAGUGUCGACAUAGGCUUCAGACUCGUCGAGGAGGCACUGGAGACUCCAGAAGGUCGGGAACGGAUCAUGAGAUUCCGUCGCGAUGCUCCUGACGGGCCACAGCAUUGGGAAGAAAUGCUUGCGGCUUCUCAGAGAGUUAGGAACCGGUCUAUCCGGCGCAGUCGACGUUCUGCAGGGAAUCACAUUCGCAGGGAAGGAAGCCCAGACGGGCCUAUGGAUGGAUACAUCACUCGACCGCGACCAGAAUACGGCGAAGAGAUACGCAACGUGGCUCGUGAAACAUCUGAUCAGGUUCACGACUACUUCCGCCGAUACACGAGUUCAGCACUUGCGGAUGGUGCGCAGUCAUCCCGUCCUAGAGCUAUCGACUUGCGCUCGCCGCCUCCAGAGUACGAAAGCGCGUCACAGGACGAGAAUGCUAUGGUUUCGCGUGAUGGGCCUGUAUCGCACCCAGUCAGUCCUCCCAGCCAGAGUAGUGAGCGUGAAGUAUCGGAAGCUUUGCUCAGCGGCGAUGUCCAAAGCAGUGACGUCCAAGACUUGGACUCCAUGCGUCGCAUCGUAGAGCGUCUCGCGGCUCGCGAUGAUGUUCCCGAGGAUUGGUGGAUGAGUAUGGGACUGAACUUCUCUCGGGCGCGGCCGCAGGAAAGACGAAGACCCGGCACAGUCGUCGCAGGACCUGACGAGCCAACUUCACGA